GUCGGGUUUUCUUGUUGACACGUCGAGCACCCUGCCAUCAUGCCUACAUGCUCGAGCGUGAUGCGGAAUGGCGUGCGUUGUACGUCGCUUGUCCCCGCCGACGAUCCGUCUGCGUCCAUGUGUACGCACCACCAGCGUAUGGCUCGUGUCAUGGCGCUCGCCCCGAAGAAGCCAGAUGCGACUCCGUCGACAUCGCCGCCGCCUGGCCCUGCUAAUCCGUUGUUUCCGUCGUCGUCCGUGGUGCAUGUCCCUUUGUCGUCCGUCGGGGCUUUACGUGGGGCACCUCCGCUCCCCAUCCACGUUCCAUCCGAGUCAUUCUCGGACUACUUGAAGGUAUCGUUUCCAGGGGAAGUCAAGUCCGCGUCGCUGUCAUGUUCGUUCGAAGUGUCGUCGCGCGAAGGCGUGCCUGGCACACUCAUUGUGACCAACUACCGGCUCCGCUUCGAGCCAUCUUCGUCGCAGCGAUCUACCAACUUGCCUCCGUCUUUGCAGGAGGCCAUCACCCCUGGCUUGCCCACCGCGAGCGUGUCCAAGCUCACGUAUCCCCUGUCGUCAUCGUCAUCUUCAAACUCGAUGCCAGCCCAAGUCGUGGUGCACUUCCGCAACUGCCGGACAUGGGUCUUACGUGGCAACGUCACGGAGCUCAUGACGACAUUGAACCGCCUCGUGUUUGUCGAAUCCCCGCUGCACCUGUUUGCAUUUGCUCAAGGCAACACCGUCACCCCAGACCAUGUCCAAGGGCAUGCCAUCUAUGACCUCUACGCCGACUUUGCCGCCAUGGGCGUGUCACUUUCAUCAAGUCCAUUUCGAGUCACAGACGCAAAUCGAUCGUAUGCGAUCUGUCCGACGUACCCGCCCAUGUUUGUCGUGCCCGCCGCCAUGUCGGACGUCCAAGUGGCGGCGGUCGCGGGCUUCCGCUCCAAAGGCCGCAUGCCUCUGUGCUGCUGGGUCCAUUCAUCCAACUCGGCCAGUCUGUGGCGGUGUGCGCAGCCCAAGCGCGGGAUCUUCCAUGCCCAGAACGCCGACGACGACCACAUGCUGUGGCUCAUUGCCCAGACCAACAAGAUCAACGGACAGAAUGUGUGGAUCGUCGACUGUCGGCCGGAACUGAACGCGCGCGCCAACAACCUGACCGGCGGCGGCACCGAAAGCGGCAGCAUCCGCCACGCCACGGUCACGUUUAUGAACAUUGCCAACAUCCACGCGAUGCGCGAGUCGCUGGAAGCGGUCCGCCAGCUGGCGCUGAUGCCAUCCAUGGAGGCCGACCUCCACUGGUACUCGCGUGUGGAGGACACCAAGUGGCUAUACCAUGUGCGUUUGGUGCUGCGCGCGUCGAUUCAAACAGCGCACGCGAUCCACCAGAGUGCCACGUCAGUGGUCGUCCACUGCAGCGAUGGCUGGGACCGCACCGGCCAAGUGUGCGCCCUGUCGCAGCUGCUUCUGGACCCCAAGUACCGGACGCUCAUAGGGUUCAUGCAGCUGAUUGAAAAGGAAUGGAUCAAAGUCGGCCACAAGUUUGGCGAUCGUGUCGGGGCUGGCAAAUGUGAAAAUGACGAGCAAGCGCCGAUUUUCGUUCAAUUUCUUGACUGCGUGUGGCAACUGCACCGUCAGUUUCCCACGUAUUUCGAGUUUACGGGGCUGGCGCUGCUCGCGAUUGGGUUUCACGCGACGUCGGGGCGGUUUGGCACGUUUGUCGGCAACUGCGACCGGGACCGCGUCGUGGCUCUGCAAGUUGCUGGCCGGACGCCGUCGCUGUGGACGUUCAUGCUGGACAACGCCGUGCAGUUUCGCAAUCCGUUCUACCGCCCGUACGUCCAAGAGUCGCAUGAUGGCGACACGGGCGCGCUGGUUCCGUGGCCAGUCGCGACGGUCUUGAGGCGCGUGGUGCUGUGGGACGAAAUGUACUUGGCGCUGCCAUCUUGCGGCAACAUCACCAAGCCCAAGGACAUGGCCGCUGGAAGCUUCCAUCAAGCCAAGACCGCGGCGGAAGACUUGGAAAUGGCCAUGGCGGCCGCGCAGCAUCAGUUGUCGUCGUUCUGUUAAAUGGAUGUAUACACUGUGCGUGUCGUCGUUGCAGUUCAAAAGUGCAAUAUGCCA